GCGUCAGAGCGAACAAUGAAGCGGCAAGUACUGUUGUUUAUCUCCAUUUUCUGCCUGAGCCCUGUGAACGGACAGGUUACUUACUCGAUUCCGGAGGAAAUGAUGAAAGGAUCUCUGGUCUCUAACGUAGUACAAGAUUUAGGUUUAGACCCCAGACGACUGAAGUCGGGUAAAGCUCGUAUUUAUACCGGAGACAGUGCUCAGUAUAUUGAGCUCAACAGAGAAAGGGGAGUCCUCCUUGUCAAAGGAAAGAUUGACCGCGAGUCGCUGUGCAGACAGACAACGCCUUGUGCUUUGCAUUUUCAAAUUACUCUAGAAAACCCAUUAGAGUUAUUCCCAGUCACUGUAGAAAUAACCGACAUUAACGACAACGCCCCGGUAUUCCAAAAGGAGGAAAGAAGAUUUGAAAUAAGCGAGUCUGCAGUCAUCGGCUCCAAGUUCUUGCUAGAGAAAGCGUUUGAUCCCGAUAUUGAAAAGAAUGGACUUCAGACAUACAGUCUAAAGCCGAGCGAUCAUUUUUUGCUUAAACUUCAUUCUCAGUCAGAUGGGAGCAAAAAGGUAGAGAUGAUUUUACAAAAACCCUUGGACCGAGAGGAGCUGGAACACAUAUCGUUAGUUUUGACCGCGGAGGAUGGAGGAGAACCACAAAUGACUGGAACAAUGCUGAUUCAUGUGACUGUGUUGGAUGCCAACGACAAUGCACCAGUUUUUAGUAAACCCGUUUACAAAGCAACCAUUACUGAAAACUCCGUAAACGGAACCGUCGUCACUGUGGUCAGUGCUUCUGAUGCAGACAAAGGCUCAAAUGGAAAAGUGACCUACGUAAUUGGGAAUAGCAUGGACACGGUUUCAAAAUUAUUUCACAUUAAUAGUCAAGGUGAGGUGAUACUAGAUGGUACAAUAGACUACGAAAAAGAAAAACACUAUCACGUCGAUAUAGAGGCCGUUGAUCAAGGUGGACUCUCGGACUCCAGUAAGAUAAUUAUUGACGUAAUUGACGUGAAUGAUAAUAGUCCUGUAGUAAAUAUGAUAUCCACAUCAGGCUCAAUACCGGAGUCUUCAGCCCAAAAUACAGUAGUAGCUUUAAUGAGUGUAAAUGACCCAGAUUCUGAAAACAAUGGGAAAGUCAAUUGUGUGAUAAAUGAAAACCUGCCAUUUGAAAUUAAGUUUACCUCGAAUAAUUUCUAUAGCAUACUAACAAAUAGUGAAUUAGACAGAGAGAGAGCCUCUGAGUAUACUAUUACCGUGACGUGCUCUGAUGAGGGAGUGCCCUCUCUCUCCAGCAGCGUCACUCUCACCUUACAGAUCUCUGAUGUGAAUGACAACGCGCCUGUGUUUGAGAGGAGCUCAUAUGAGGCCUACAUUGUAGAAAACAACACACCAGGUCUCUCUAUAUUCACAGUGAAAGCCAUAGACGCUGACUGGAACCAGAAUGCCCGUGUUUCUUACAUACUGGAGGACUCCUCUGUUAACGGAGUGCCAGUCUCCUCAUAUGUGUCCGUUAGUGCUGAUAGUGGAGUCAUACAUGCAGUGCGCUCUUUUGACUACGAGCAGAUCAAAGACUUUCACUUCCGCGUAAAAGCUCAGGAUGGAGGUUCUCCUCCACUCAGUAGUAAUGUGACUGUGAAAAUACUGAUCCAGGACCAGAACGACAACCCACCUCAGGUGCUGUACCCAGUCCAGACUGGUGGCUCUGUGGUGGGUGAGAUGGUGCCUCGUUCAGCAGAUGUGGGCUAUCUGGUCUCUAAAGUGGUGGCUGUUGAUGUGGACUCUGGACAGAAUGCCUGGCUCUCCUAUAAACUCCAGAAAGCCGCAGACAGGGCGCUGUUUGAAGUGGGCUUACAGAAUGGAGAAAUAAGAACUAUCCGCCAAGUGACUGAUAAAGAUCCUGUCAAUCAAAAACUGACUGUUAUAGUGGAGGACAACGGACAGCCCUCUCGUUCAGCUACAGUCAUUGUUAACGUGGCGGUGGCGGACAGCUUCUCUGAAGUGAUGUCGGAGUUCACUGACUUUAAACAGGACAAGGAGUACAAUGACAACCUGACUUUUUACUUAGUGUUGGCUCUGGCUGUAGUUUCCUUCCUCUUCAUCACGUGUUUAGUGGUUAUUAUCUCAGUGAAAAUCUACAGAUGGAGACAGUCUCGCGUCCUGUAUCACUCCAAUCUCCCUGUGAUUCCAUAUUAUCCACCACGUUACUCGGACACUUUGGGUGGAACAGGGACUCUCCAACACGUGUACAAUUACGAGGUGUGCAGGACGACUGACUCCAGAAAGAGUGACUGUAAGUUCGGCAGAGCUGGUAGUCAGAACGUGCUGAUAAUGGACCCCAGUUCUACAGCGACGAUGCAGCGGAUACAGAGUGAAAAGAGCAUCCUGGAUGAACCAGACUCUCCUCUAGAGGUUAGACUUGCAGUUAUCUAAUUCAAACGCAUGCUU